AUGAAGCAACAACUUCUGAUAAUCACCAUUUUAGCCAGUUGCGCUUUGGUGAAUUGCAACGAGUAUCGUAUAUUCAAAUCAGCUGAAGAUAAUCAAUAUUUCAUAUUGCCGGAUCAAAAUUUCACUUGGCAAGAGUCCUUGGAAGAAUGUGAGAGCAGAAAUAUGGAAUUAUUGACAAUUGAAAGUAAAGAAAAAGCCUUAGAAAUCAGGAAAUUGCUGGAGAGAGUUUUUUCAGGCCAACCUUUACCGCGUUUCUAUUUGGGUGCUAAUGAUUUUGACAAGUUCCGUCAAUUUACUUGGAUUUCUACCCAGAUCAGCGGGCCCUUCACUUACACAAAUUGGGAAAAGUCUGAGCCAAAUAAUUAUAAGAAAGAGAAUGAACGUUGUGUUCAUAUUGGUUACCAUGGCACCGAUGAAUGGAACGAUAUCAAUUGUAAAGUCAAAAACGGUUUCAUAUGCCAAGAAAAAUGGGAAUGGCAAGAUUGCAAAGAGGCAGAUACUAAACAUUAAUAAUCAUUUUUAACAAUUAUAUACUAGAUUAAGGUUUGAGAAGAAUACAUUUUAAAAUUUUAUUAAGAA